AACAUUAAAGGCAUAAAAACUCGCAUUUUCUGUUUUAUCGCAAUAAACAGAUGUGGGAAAAUAUUUCCUGAGUAGUUCGGAUCUAGAACUGAGUGUAAAACUCUCUAGAAUUUGUGUCAUCGAUUUUUUUUCAUCCUGUUAUUGGAGUUGGAUAAGAUUUGACACCAAAGGAAACACGAGGAUUUUAACAUGGCUGUCAAUAUUUUGGUAGCCAGAACGAACUUCUCCUUAGUCUGUGAAUAACAUUUAUUCUACGAUGGAGACCAGCGAUCCUGUCGUUUUGUACGGGCACCUGCCUCAGAAUGCGCUCAUAGCGUUAUUAGAGGAGAGGGAUCUAGAAAUUAUCAAACAGAAGAUACAACUUCAGGUUUUGUUCCAAGAAGUUGAGGAACUUAAGAAAGAGAAAGAUGAUCUACUCCGAAAAGCCAGUCUUUCACUUUCGGGGGAGGACAGUGUCACUAGCUCCCACAGCGGAGAAGAAUUUCUGCGGAACAAGAAUCGUUCUCGUUCUGUCGGAGGAUCGCCACUCGAGUCGCCGCGAAGCAGCAGACUCCUCAACCAGACCAGUCUCCACAGCAACCGCUGUCAACGACAAAGGUCAUUUCGAAGAAAUGAAGACGAAAUAAAACGCUCAAGGUCACAGUCCGUGGCUUACGAACUCUCACAAGACUUGCAGGACAAACAGGUGGAAAUGUUGGAAAGAAAGUACGGUGGAUCUAUACGAUCACGGCGGGCCGCCAAAAUUAUACAGAGGGCAUUUCGCCAGUAUACCAUGAACAGAAACUUUGAAAAAUUACGAAUAGCUGUUGGUGAACGUCGAUUAUCGAAACGUUUAUCUGAAUUAGGAAGAAGUAAUACUGUAAGUGCUGAUGCUUAUUUUAUGAAUUCAUCACCGAUUUUACCAGGUAAUGGUGAUUUACAAAGACACUCGGAUGUGGUCGGGAAACGGAUGGACAGUGAUAAGCUUCGAUUCGGUGAAAACCGACUACGACAGCAAAUGUCUUUGGACCAAAAUACACGAUUUGACUCCCAAUUACCUUACAAAAGAAUAACAGAUAAGAGAAAACUAGAACGACACAAGGAGAUAGAUCUUACAGAAAUUCCGAAAGAUACAAAAUCUGUCUCCAACGAAACCAAUAAUAACCGAAACUCUUGUCCUGAAAUGAAUGAAAGCAGUGCUAGUGACUCUCCUCAGCCUACGCCUGCAGAAAGUGCAAUCGAUCCGCAUAGUCUCGACUUUGAAACUUUACUGGAAAAUAAAGACACAGGAAUAGUGCUAGCAGAAAGUUUUCAUAGUGAUCAGAGUAAUCAGGAUGGAUCAAUGUAUUGUGGUGGCUAUAAUCACAAGAAAAUGUCCGCCUCAUCACUCUAUUCCAAUGCAAGUACAGACACAUUAGAAAAUAAAAGUGAAUGUUACGAUUCUUACAAGUCAAACUUCUCAGAUUCUGGCUCCUAUGGUAGCCAAGGAGAUUUACAAAUUAAAAUAGACUCUGUCCAGCCAUUAGAAACAAUGAGAUCGCCUGAACAAAAACAAAUGGCAGACCAAACUCACAAAUACUACAUGCAACAGGGAAUUAAAAUGCGUAAAAAUGACAGUUCGGGUUCAUUAUCGGGUAAAAAGCCACCUCAGGUACCUGUUCGAGGUCCAGAGGCCUCGCCUAUUUGGAAACGUAAAGGUGCUAAUACAAACGGAACACCUCCUGCACCCAUUUCCAACAAACUUCAGGAACCGAAACGCAUGAGCAACAUAUCAGAACUCAGUGAAGCCGACUCACUACUGGAUGUUCCUUGUUCGAGUUCUCCGAGUUCGGAAACUAUUAGUAUAGGAAGUGAGUCUAGUUUAGUGUACCAGCGUAAAAUAAGGAUAAGUGGGGCGCCAGAACAUGGUGGACAUAGUGGUGUGCAUAAAUCAGACAAGUCACGGAAACGCACAUAUCGUAUAGGCCUCAAUAUGUUCAACAAAAAGCCAGAGAAGGGGAUCUUGUUCCUGUCAGAGCAGGGCUUCAUUGGGGAAACCCCAGGAGAAGUGGCCCAUUUUCUGAUCACCAGGAAAGGUCUCAGUAAGCAGAUGAUUGGGGAAUACCUAGGAAACCUACAGAAACCAUUCAAUCAGCAAGUCUUAGAAUGUUUUGCUCAAGAAAUUGACCUGUCAGGUCUUCAGAUAGACAUGGCUCUCAGGAAAUUCCAGUCUUACUUCAGAAUGCCCGGUGAAGCACAGAAGAUUGAGAGGCUAAUGGAGGCAUUUGCUGAUCGUUACUGCACAUGCAACCCAGACCAAAUCAAGAACUUCCGAAACCUUGACACAAUUUUCUUACUAGCAUUUGCUAUUAUUAUGUUGAAUACCGAUGCCCACAAUUCCAGCAUUAAGGCGGAACGCAAAAUGAAAGUAGAAGAUUUCAUCCGAAAUAUGAGAGACAUAGAUGAUGGUCAGGACGUAGACAGAGACAUGUUGAUCGGCAUCUACAACCGAAUCCAGACACAAGAGUUUAAACCUGGAGUUGAUCAUGUGACACAGGUCAUGAAGGUCGAACAAACAGUGGUGGGGAAAAAGCCACAACUGGCUCUUCCCCAUCGGCGAUUGGUGUGUUACUGUCGUUUAUAUGAAGUCCACGAUCCAAAUAAAAAAGAAAAAAUUGGUCUCCAUCAGCGCGAAGUCUUCCUCUUUAAUGACUUACUUCUGAUUACGAAGAUAUUCAGUAAGAAGAAGUCGGGCAUUACUUACUCCUACAAACAGUCUUUCCCACUCAGCAGCAUGCAGGUCUUUCUGUUUGAAACCUCACAUUACCAGUAUGGUGUGCGGCUAGUGGGAGGUGUGAACCAUAAAGUGCUGAUCACGCUAAACGCCAGAAACGACCAUGACCGACAGAAGUUUGUGGAAGAUCUAAGGGAGGCAAUCUUAGAGACCAAUGGAAUGGAGACGUUACGUAUAGAAGAAGUCCAGAAACACACGGCCAAUCACAACACUCUAGACCGACAUUAUGCAAACGACGACUCUCGCGUAUUAAUGUACGAUCUCAUGAAGCCAUCAGACCCGUCUAUAAAUAGACUGUCGGCCCCCGACUGCCCCGCUCUACAGAAACUCCCCCUCUCCAACUCUCUCACUGAUCUUUGUCAAGGUCAAGGGAUGAGGAGAGGUAGCAGUGGUGGAUCUCUAGACAGCGGGGUGGCCUCUGGGGGUUCAGGAGGAGUAAUGGUGUGUGGGGACAGAGUGUCGCAGAACAGCCAGACCAGUUUACAUUCCCGGGGGUCACCAGCCACCCCCAAAACCAGUCAAACUAGCCUACAGUCUCUGGGUUCACCUGCACUACAGCCAGGGGUCAAAGGUUAUAGGAAGCAAGCAGUGUCACUUAGGAAGGGGUUACCAGUGGGGACAGACGUUUGAAAAAAUAAGAGCAGAAAAUGUCUGGGUCAUUACUUUAUGACAGCUCGGGGGCACCUGUUAGGAAGGGUGCCAUGCUGUUCUUGCCGGGUCGAAUAAAAUUGUUCUGUGAAAUAAAGAGAACUUAGAUGCAGGCAUCAUCUACACAGAAUACUGUAUGGGGGCAACCUGUACAUCGGGGUUUAAAGGACAAGGCUCGCUGAGGGGUUCCUAUAGUUCCCUAGUUUGAGACAUAUGCGGGUCAUAGUGGCGAAAUGAACUUGAUUUCACAGGAAGUUAAAAUCCAUUUCCUGUGAUAGGGAAAUACCAGAUCAAUGUGUUGAAUAGUGCAAUGCUGUAACAAUCAUGUCAAGUAUAUAAAUCAAACUGUUAUGUUUUUAGAAUAUUAUAUAUUCUUCAGUUUUUAACACAAUCGAACUGGAAUUUGGGACAGAUGGUUAUAAUAUCAUGUGCAUUUUGGCUUGUCUGGACUUUGUUCACAAUGCCAAAUAAUUAUAGUCUUCUCUGAUUUGUUGAUAUAUUGUUGACCUAUUGUGAUAUGGAAGAAAAAAUCUCACCUUAUGAAAAUGACAUUUAUAAUUAUUUAUUGAAAUCAUUGAUGUAAGAUUUUCUAUACAUGUGUGUGUUUUUGUGUGCAUAUAUUUCAAUGUACAUUAAGAUAGAUGUGGUUGAAUUACAUCUGCUUACUUUUAUUUAUUUGAAGAAAAUGUUUAUUAUGUGUUUUAUUUUCUAGUAGCAAACGGAAUCUGAAAUUUUAUUAUAUAUAUAUUUUUAGAGUACUUCAUGUAAAUUCAGCUUACUAAAUGACAAAAAUAUAUGUAUGCUCACAUGGUCAAGAAUUUCUUUAAAAAUUUGAAAGCAAUUUAUAGAUAUUGGUUAUGUACUUGUACUAUCAUUUGUUAAAAUCUGUUAUAAAUCAGCUGUAAAAUUUGUAUAUUUAUUACAAAUUUCCUUAUAACUUUUGAUAUUGCAUAAUUUGAAAUAUUCUGAAUUUCAUAAUUUAAACAUUAUGCCAAAAUCAUAUUGCAUAACUUAAGUACCAUAUUUGAUGCUGAAACUUAAAAAGAAAUGUCUCAAAUAUACAUGAAAAAUAUACACAUAUGCUUGAAGCAAUUAUUUCAUAAAUUUGUAUUAAUGAAGUAUUUCUAAAUGGAAAAAAUAUGUAAUAUUUUAAUUAAACAUCAUGAAAAUGCAUGUAUCUACAAAUUAAGACAAAUCGAUUCUUCUGGAUUCAGAGAAAUUUGAAAUUUUGUUUAAUUAUUAUAUUUGAAAUAGAGGAAUUAAAUGGUUUUUGCUAGUUCAUUAAUUAAAUGAUCCACAUAAUUACUGUAAUUAUGUAGAGAUCUGAGAUGCUGAUUAGUUUAGUCAUUACAUUGUCAAACUCUGCAAUACUUGUUUUCCAUGUUUGAUGAAUGGAGAAAUAUUUGUUCUUAUUUAAAGAACAAACAGAGAAAAUAAAUAUAGCAUGUAAAAUCAAAA